AUGUAUGAGCCUGCUACCGCGUUGAACCUUCAGCGGCUGAGCCGGCAAAGCCUUCAGAAACGAUACGAGUCCGAAGAAGAAGAAGUAUCGGAAUCUGAUGCCGGCGGACCGGACUUUGUUCCCUCUCUGGUGGGCUCCCAGAGAGCCGGAACUAUCGAUUCGGAUCUGAGUGCGGAUGAAAACUCCCAUACUGAUCCUGAUUCUGACCGGGAAGAGCGUCUCUUGCCCUCAUACCAUGUUGCUAAACGUCCACGACCUGUAUCAAUGGAUACGGUGAAACGCAACAGCACUGCAACAUUCGUGGAAAGCACCCGUGUAUUCGAUCCUGAGGAUGACUUGGUUCUUGAGCUCCCAUUACCGGAAAGUCCUCCUGAGCUGGCAUCGGACCUUUACUUGCAGCCAUCUAUAUAUGUCUCGCCGAAUACACCACCCACGACUCAUCAACGGUCUCGCUCACCCUCCCCGUCGUCCGUCUUCUGUUUGGAAAACGCAGAGAUCCACGUUGCAAAGAAGAUCACUUUGAUGGAGCCACAGACACGUCCUACUCUCGUCUUCAUUAAAUCCUUGGGGACUCGAUCCAAAGAUUCUCGACUCCGGCCCACUCAGCCUCGAACUCGUGGGAAUGCUCGAAACCGCGAGUCCCGGAUUUUCGACGGCAAGUUGGAAGGAAAUAUCCAAGUCCCACGCCUGACAGACGUCAAGUACACAUCAUCGCCACGAGUCCCUGAACAAACCCAAUCUCCCAAGAAAUCUACGAACUCAACCCCCUACUUGGCUCAAUUAGAGCAGGAAGAUACUCGCACUUCCCUACGACAGAGCGCCACAAUCAACUGCGUUUCUGAUAUCCCCGUUCUCCCAUACUUCCCUCCAUCCCCUCAAGAAGCAUCCGCAUCAUUCCUCCGCCCUCGGCCCCGCACAUCCGGAUGCGAGAAACCAUCCUCAACCACAACUCGUACCUCCCGGCGCCCCACAGACCCAAUCAGACGCCCACCCUCAACCCGCAGUAACAGCAACACCAGUUUACCUCCACGCCCUGCAUCGCCAUUCCCAACUGACGAGAUGCUAAGGAAUUACAUCCCGGAUCAUCACAGUGAAGGAACACCGGCUUUACCAUCCAGAACCUGCAGCCCAAUCUCAUCAGCAUCUUCCCCACCACAACAAUACCAAUACAUUCACUCUUCAAAACGGGGACCCAUUCCAUCUAGCAAUGGAACCUCAUCAAAUAUCCUUCCGAAUCGUUCUCCGAUGAUGCGUCGAAUGACUAGAAAGCAUUCCGCUGCUUCUAGUAUUCAUUCUCUGAGUAGUCUUCGCUCGGAAAUGGAUCUCCAACUCCCGUCCUCGCAUCAUGUACACUCUUCUGUGUUCUCGGCCUCGACUCAGUCUGUCAAUACAGUUGCUUAUGAUACUCGUCCAGUGCGAAAGGCUAGUCAGAGACGUCAUGCUAGACAUGCUAGUUCGGCUGUUGGAUCUGGACGUGGAUUUAUGGGGUUGAAGCUUGGGAAGAGGGCUUUUAGUAAAGUCUGA